AUGUCGACCACGCGCUUUAACAGCCCCUUGGCUGGUAGCGAUAACGAGCACAGCAAAUCAUCCCCGCAAGCAGAGACGCAGGGCUCUAAGCAAGCCUCAGAGACGGGGACCGGGCGAAAGAAACGCACCAGGACUGGGUGCGUCAAUUGCAGCCGUCGACGACGGAAAUGCGACGAAGCCAAGCCGACUUGCACGGGCUGCAAGCGCCGAGGCGAUCAGUGCCAAUGGCGAAUGCUCGGUUCGUUUCGCGAUUCAAAUAUCAGGGUGCUGGGAUCGGAUCACCCCUCCAUGAGCCAGGGUGUGGCAGCGACCAAGUCCAAGAGGCAUAGUAAAUUCAAGAUUUUGAAUGCUUUGCCAACUGCUCCGCAGACACGGGGCGCAGCGAGGCGACAGAAUCAAACUGAUACAGGUCUGCCUGACCGACAGGACUCGCCUUCGUCGACAUCUGCACCAGACACUGAGGCUGCGUCGGCUCUUGUUGCUGUUUCCGAAGCUAGUGAGCAUUCUGCGCCUCUUGUUGAGGGCGCCUUUUCAGAUCCAACCCCUCAUCUUGGUCAAGGUCUAUCGCCGCCGUUGUCCAGUGAGGCUCUGUCGCAUAUAUCGCCGAGACAUAGCCACGGCUCUCCAAGUCACCACAGCGAUGAAAGAAACUCGAGUCAUCUGGAUAUACAGGAUCAAUCACAAUAUCCACCAAGCCUGCAAUGCGACUUUCGUCCACCUUCCAUGUCCAAGGAUGACUCCUCAUCGCACGCCUAUAUCAAUUCCAGUCCAGAAUAUGUGAUCGACGGCCUGGCUGCACUGAGAGAUAUCACCAAUAGCACUCAGUUCCAUUCAUCUGUCGCCGAUUCAUACCAGACUGUUCCAUCGCCUCUGUUUGACCACGGUGUUUUCUCUGACCCAGCUGAUUUCGUCAACGAUGUCUUCAUUCCGGGCUCUGCUUAUGAAGCACUGCAUAAGGCACUGCGAAACCGUCAGUUAUGGACUGCCCGGCCUGAUGUUCCUAGCCAUCGCAGCUCGCCCGAGUCUGUACCCUCGGUGCACACUUUGACAGCUUUCAGUGACGUCGAGUCGUUGGCCAGGCCCGAGAGAAAUCUUCGUCGGGCUGGGGUAAGCCGACGCUUUGAGCUGUCACCGGACCGGGAGGAUGUUCUCUGGCAAAACUAUUUAAACGAGAUCUGUUCAUGGCUCGACAUGUUUGAUAACAAUCGCCAUUUUGCCUCGACGUUCCCGCAAAUGGCCAAGUCGGCCCCUCACCUGCGGUACUCAAUACUGGCUCUGUCUGCGCGACAGCUGGAAAGGCAGCAGAAUGAGAAAUCUCAGUCGGAGAGCUUGUCUCUCUACCAGGAAGCUAUCCAUCUCCUUCUUCCUGAGCUGGGGAGCAAAACUGUGCCCGUCAUUGCAUCCUGUGUGAUUCUGUGUGUUCUUGAAAUGCUUAGCUGCAAUCCCAAAGAGUGGCGCCGCCACUUGGACGGCUGCGCAUAUUUAAUACAAGCCGCCGGCAUCAACGGUUUUUCUGGAAAAGAAGAACAAGCCUUGUUUUGGUGUUUUGCUCGAAUGGACGUCUGCGGUGGUCUUAUAUCCGAGGAAGAAACUAUUAUUCCUAUCCACAACUGGCGGCCGAAUGAUAUGCAUUCUACCGAGGCAUCGCAAAUCUUCCUUUCAUCAGCGAGAAGCAACUUCGACAUCUACGCCAACUACACCGUGUAUCUUGCGGCGCGCACGCUUGGGGUCCUGUUUGGCUGCGCGUCAAAGAUAGCCCAGCCCUGCACCUCGUACCAGUCGGUGGCCAAUGAGGAGGGCGAUUUGUAUGUCAAUCGCUGGAAAGAGCUGUUUAAUUGUGUUGAGCAGUGGUAUGAGAACCGGCCGAGCCAGAUGAAAUCCAUCUUUAGUGUCUCCAACUCGGACUGCGGACGAGUUCGGCCCUUUCCUACAGUGCUGUAUGGAAAUGGAUCUGCCAUUUCCGGGAACCAACUUUAUCAUGUUUCUGCCCUGCUGUUGCUUCAACGGAAGCCGAAGACAUUGACCUUAUCGAAGAGGCCGAGAUCUGUUCUGUGGCAUGCGCGCCAAAUAUGUGCGAUUUCUGCUUCCAACGCGCACCACGGUUGCUGGACUAAUGCGCUGCAGCCGUUGUGGAUAGCUGGGAAAGUCAUGUCGCACCAUUCUGAGCAUGCAGCUAUCAUCGAGAUCUUGAUACGGAUCGAGCGUGAGACUGGCUGGGCUACGGCCUGGCGUGUCGAAGACUUGAAGGAGUUUUGGGGCGAAUAUGAUGAUGAUUACGAUAUUGAGAUGAAUUAA